CAGCGCGGAAUAUCACUGCUCCGGAAGAGACGGCAUUCGACUCUACUCGAAAUAUCCAAUGACCUAGAAUGACGCGCUUGUUCUUGAUGUUGUCAGCUAAUCUUCGGAUCCAAUCUGCCCUUGCACUUCCAAACCAGUCGGUCUCAUAUGCACUGUGCGAUUUGUUGACGUGUUGUACGCAUUCGAGCUUCAAUUGACGACCAUACCUCUCCGCCACGGAAGCCCCACCACCAAUCAAAUAUCCAAUUCACGAGACAGCUUGGCAAGCAGCUCUCAACACUAGAGCCAAGAAUUCCCAAACCACCACCAGCGAUGGUUCCCCUUCCACUAUUCAAGCUUGCAUCUCUGCUUGUGAGGCAUGUCUCAAAAUAUGGCGCCAAUCACAUUAAAGCUCAGGCACACGAUCACCCCCGGUUCCGAGCGUUCGCUGCCCGAUAUGGACAAUACAUGCAUCAAUUGAAUAUGAGGAUGUCAGUCGCAUUAUUACGGAAUCCAGACGCCGAACGAAGAGCAAAAGAAAAGGCCGAAGCACCAACAGUCAAGACCGAAGAGCAGCAGAAACGAGACGAUCAGCUUAAACAGAAGCAGGCUCCCGAACUCCCCAAGAAGAGCAUACCGUUCCAAAACAUCUGGAGACGCAAGUUUAGGCCACUUCCCGAGAACAAAGCGGUCGAUCUGUUCGCCGAUGUCAUUGGAGAUGCAUUCAUUCUGUCUGUAGCCAUCGCCUUAAUUGUCUACGAAACCUGGAAGUCGUCACAGAAGCCCGACAUGAACAAACUGCGGAUAGAAGAACUGGAUCAGAAACUCGAAGAGCUAAAGAAGAGGGAAGACGAGCUAGAAGAGGCGGAAAGGAAGCAGAAGGAAAAAUAUGAAAGCUUGGAGGAGACGCUGCGCCAAUUGAGGGAUCCCAAGACAAAUCAACCGCUACUUCCGACAUUACAAGUAUCUUAACACUCAAAUCGACGAACGAACGAAUUACAUGUGCCCGGAAACCCUCUGCAAGCAGGGAAACCAGAGUUGGAAUAGCUACGGGUAGGGAAACGCGAGCACUUGUCAAGCCUCAAAAUGCCCAGUAAGACUCACCCAUGAACAGCUGGAGUAUUGGACAAUGCAUAGCUGGUAGUUGGUAAUUAUGCACCCUGCUGUUUCUUCUCAUGUUAUAGCCUCUUCUCCACUAUAGAUUUACAUAGUAGAUAUUCAUGACUUACGAUGUAAGAUAAGCACUCAUAACAAAAUACGAAAAUUAACUGGGCUGUUUAGUAGGCAGUCCAUGCCAAUUGAC